AUGUUACCGAAGAACUGGACGACUAUCACUGAGUUUAUCAUUGUGGGCUUCCCUGGACUCCAUCCAGACUACUAUGGCCUGGUCUCUGCCAUCUUCUUCAUUGUCUACACGACCACAGUGGCCGGUAACACUGUUUUCCUUGUGCUCUUUAUCACUUCGGAGAGCCUCAGGAAGCCCAUGUACAUCAUCCUUGCGAGCCUUGCAAUGUCUGAUAUGUGUUUCUCCACUGUUGCAUUACCUAAAAUCAUAGCCAGGUACUGGUUUAAUGCAGGAGCAACCCCUUUCCACGCUUGCUUCUUCCAAAUGGAGCUAAUCCACUAUUUUGGGACAUUAAACUCGCUGAUUAUGAUGAUCAUGGCCCUCGAUCGCUAUGUGGCUAUUUGUUAUUCUCUGCGAUACCAGACUGUUAUGACUAACCGCAUCACGUACAUCCUAAACGCGACGGCUUGGGCGUCUGCCUUAAUCGCUCCCACAAUAGCCACCCUACACACUCAACAGCUUCCUUACUGCGGGCCUAAACUGAUCAUUCAGUGCUACUGCGAUCACAUCUCUAUCACCAACCUGGCCUGUGCUGAAAACAGCAAGCAGAUGUUGGUGGCUCUGUGCGUGGCCCUACUUGUGCUCCUUCUCCCUCUGGCCUUCAUUAUUUACUCUUACUGUCACAUCAUAGCGUCUGUGAUGAGGCUGUCGAGCUCUCAGAGUCGCUGGAAGAGUUUUGCCACCUGCAGCACGCAGCUGUGCAUCAUCGCUCUGUUUUAUGUGCCGCGCUGUGCCGUGUAUAUAGCCAGUUUCCUGCAAAUCCAAAUCAGCAGAGAUUUCAGGAUACUUCUCAUAUUGCUUUACAGCCUCGUUCCACCACUGAUAAACCCUUUCAUCUAUUGUUUACGCACUCAGGAGAUCAGAUCGAUUGUGAGCCGGUGGCUGAGCAGGCAAAGGGCCUUUAGAGAAACGUCCAGAAUUAAUGUGAUCACUCUGUAA